AUGAAACUGGAACAGAGCAAGAACUAUACUGAGCUGACAGACUUUAUUCUGCUGGGGUUCUGGACAUCUCCAGAAGCGCGGGUUCCCUUAUUUUUACUGUUCUUGCUUAUCUAUCUGGUCAUUGUAUUGGGAAACAUCAGCAUGUUAACUGUCAUUAAAAUAGACUCCAGACUUCACACACCAAUGUAUUUCUUUCUCCAAAAUUUAUCCUUUUUAGAUCUCUGCUAUUCCACAGUCAUUGCUCCUAAAACUCUAGCUACUUUUUUCUCCAAGGAAAAGAAAAUUUCAUAUAAUGAAUGUGCAGCACAGUUCUUUUUCUUUGCUCUUUUUGUUGGAACAGAAGGUUUCCUUUUGGCUGUGAUGGCAUAUGACCGCUUCUCUGCCAUUUGUUCGCCGUUCCUGUACACAGUCCAUAUGUCUCAGCCAGCUUGCAUACGUUUGGUGGCUGGCUCCUAUGUCUGUGGGUGCAUCAACUCCAUGAUACAAACAGGAUUCACCUUCAGCUUGCGUUUCUGUGGAGAAAACAGGUUGGAUCACUUUUUCUGUGAUGUCCCAGCUCUGAUCAAGAUCUCGUGUGUUGACACUUUUGUGAAUGAGAUUGUGCUGUUCAUUCUCUCUGCUCUCAUCAUCAUCUCCACCAUAACUAUCAUUCUGAUUUCCUAUGCCUACAUCCUUUCCACUGUCCUGAAGAUCCCCUCCACCCACGGGAGGACUAAGACUUUCUCUACCUGUGGCUCUCAUAUAGCAGUGGUGAGUUUAUUCUAUGGAACUGUGUUCUUCAUGUAUGCCCAGCCUGGGUCCAUCUCCUCACCAGAGAAAAGCAAGAUUGUAGCUGUGUUCUACACACUUAUCAUCCCCAUGUUGAAUCCUCUGAUUUAUAGCUUAAGGAAUACAGAGGUAAAAAAUGCUUUGAAGAAGACAUUGCUGAGAAAAAUACUCUGGCAUUGA